GGCGAUGCUGGUCCUCGCCUGUCGACGACCCAGCACCGUGAUAAGAGCAGGAUCCACAAACCUGGGGUAAUUCAUUGUAUCUAUCAUACAAACAAAUGCGAACCCCAGAUACCGGGGACAUAUAAUAAUGACGGGCAGCGCAUCCCUCAGUCUCUCUCUCGUUGCACUCAUUGUUCUCACCAGUUGCCGAUAAUCGUGAUUGAUUGUGCGACUCCUUCAACAUGUCUGCUGCUUUCGACACUGCUCCGCCCAACACCCACGCCGGCGGAGACGACGAUGCACUCCGAACGCGGGGCACACUCCCCAUGAAUGCGCCCGAGUUCAGCAACGGCGCCAAGGCCACUGUGGAUAUGGAGGAGUAUAGGCGGACUGUUCCACUCUGGAAGAGAGUGCACCAGCACAGUUUGACGCAGAUGAUGCUCAUCAGUGUUCAAGCGUUUUGCGGGCCGGCUAUGUCUGAUGCGAUUGCUGGUCUCGGCGGAGGUGGUUUGGCGACUCCACAAACGUCGAACACAGCAACUGCACUUCUUUAUGCCAUGCUUGCAACCGUCUGUUUCCUGGGUGGUCCGCUGGUGAACAAGAUUGGUGUCAAGUGGGCGCUUGUCAUUGGUGCAAUGUCUUUCCCUAUCGAAGGCUCAAGCUACUACUGCAACUCCAAAUUUGGUAACCAAUGGUAUCUGAUUCUAGGAGGUGCGUUAUCCGGUAUCGGUACAGGAUGCUGGUACGUAGCAGAAGCUGGAGCGAUCAUGUCGUUGGCUCCUUCUGGAGCGCGAGGAAAAUACUUGGCGCUCUGGAUUGUCUCACGUAACUUGGGGCAGCUUGUCGGAGGUGCGAUCAACUUGUCAAAGAACUAUCAGAAGGGCGUUGAGGGUGGAGUUACCACCGAGACCUAUGUCGCAUUCGUAAUCAUCGAAUGCCUAGCACUGCCAUUCGCAUUCUUGAUUUCUCCACUGGAGAAGGUCGUUCGUUCUGAUGGUACGCGUAUCUUGGUCUCGGAGAGUCUGUCGACCAAAAGGGAAUUCAAGCAGAUAGGGCGCACCAUGACAUCGAGUCUCAUCCUGCUCUCGGCAUUCUGGGCUCUGUGGUCGUUUUUCUACAGUGGAACCUGGUCGACUUACCUGGCAACUUACUUCUCAGUUCGCGCUCGCGCUCUGUCUUCGCUUAUUUCGCCAUUCUUCUGCAUCGUUGGAUGUUUCGGUCUUGGUUUUAUUCUCGACCUGAAGCACCUCAGCCAACGUCGCAGGGCGCAGAUUGGUCUUUUCACCGUGAUCAUUCUAAAUGUGGGCGUCUAUAUCUGGUCUAUCAUCAUGCAAGUGCGCUUCGAAGCCUCCGAUCCUGGUGCUAUAGACUGGGAUAGUAGCCUGUACCCAUCCGCUUUCUUGCCAUACUUCUUCGUCCAAACCACUGGCCCAUUGUCGCAGUCAUAUAUGUACUGGCUUUUAUCGUCCUUCGCAACAGAUGCACAGUCAAAUGUUCGAAACGGGGCCGCUUUCCGUUGUCUCGAAGCUGUUGGUCAAGCCAUCGCGUAUGGAAUGAAUACCAAAACAUCAACAAGUCCACUUGUCGGCAUGUGCGUCAGCUUUGGACUUAUGGCUGCUGCGUUGGGUCCCAUGAUUGUCUUAGUCAAUCGUACACCAAAUAGCAUUCCUGCUGAUGUCAUUAUUGCAGAACAAGAAAAACAAAUCGAUGGUGUCAGCCUUAAAGGACCAGCCCCAGAUACCGUUCCCAUUGAUUCAAAAGUAUAGGCGGCUUAGAUGGUCCAAGGCGCAUAGCCUACAGACAAGCGGUGGAGUUUGGCAUGAUGGAUGAAUAAAUUUGCUACAGACUUGA